GGGAUCCUUAAAACAGGUUACAAUUAUUUUUUGGUCCUUUCUUUCCCUUCAGUUUCACUUCCACCCGCGAGCAUUUCUCCAUUUCUCGCGCUCCGCUAGGGUUCCGGCGGGCUCCCACCGUCUCUCCUCGGAGGUGCAAUUCCGGCCGUCCUUCUCGCUCGCUGGAAUGCGCCGCGCGAGAUUGCCAGUGACAUGGACAGCAAGAAGUUGGUGCGCAGCGUCCUGGAGUCGUUCCUCCUCUCCGACGCUGCGGGCGAGGAUAGGGCCAACGGCGGCCAACCUGACGUCCGAGGAGAGGCCGGCGAGGUCGCCGUGGAAGCACUGGCGAGGGAAGUGAAGAUGGAGCUCGGCGAAAGUGGAGGACGCGUCAUUUGUGAGCUUUCAAAUAGGAGGUAUGUGACUCGUCAAGAUUAUAACGGCACAAAUAUGGUAUCGAUAAGGGACUACUAUAUCAAAGAUGGAAAGAAUUUCCCAGUGCUAAAGGUGAUUGCACAUGUAUAACAUUCUCUCCUCUAUCUAAAUCAACAAUGAUGCUCUUGUCUUUUUAU